AUGCCGAAGUCAUGGUGCUCCAUGCCGGCAGGCAAAGUUGGUGGAAGCUCCUCCUCCGAUGGGUCUUGGCACCGCCGCAGACGCUCUUCGGGCCCGUCAGCGUCCACGGCGGCCUGCUCCUCCGCUAAGGAGGAGGUCAUCAUCUUCUCCGGUGACGAGAAGGAGCAGGCACCGCCGGAGCAGCCGCCCCAACUCCUCAAGGAGUACGCUCUGAUGGACGAAGAUUUUGUUCGUCAGAUCGAGUUAAUGACGGAGCGGUCGCUCGGUGACAUGGGGUCGUGGCUGCCGUCGCUACCGUCACGCGUGAAGGAGGAGCCGGCCUCCCCGCCACGCCACCGUGUCAAGAACGAGCAGGCGUCCAUGCUCCUUCCGGUGAAAGAGGAGCCAGCCUUGCCCCGGCAGAACCGAGGCAUCAAGCCCGGCCUCGUCUCCCGUCUCCAGUCGCAGCCGCCGCCGCAACCCCAAUCCAACCCCGCCGCCAGCGAUCUCCUCGCCCCCCUGCGCCGCCGCCCCCAACCUUCUAUUCCUCUCCCAAGGGAAUCCAUAGGGAAGGGAAGGGAAGGGAAGGCAAGGCAAGGGAAGGUAAGGGAAGGGAGAGGGAGCGCCCAGAUCCAUGGCGGCAUCUGCACUUCGCCCCCGCCGCUGCAUCCCUUCGCCGGUGCCCUCCCAGUUCAAAGCCGCCACCGCUUUGCUUCACGAACCGGCGACGAUCUACUUGUGGAGUCACACGAUGAUCCCUUCCCGGAUCCGCCGCCGAUCACUUUCAGGAUCCGCCGCGGAUCACUUCCAGGAUCCGCCGCGUACCGCCUACAGGAUCCGCCGCCAAUCACUUCAAGGUUUCGCCGCGUACCGCCUAUAGGAUCCGCCCGUUCGUGCUAUGGCUCCCUUUCCCUCUCCGCCAAAUCUGACCUUUGUGUAUGUGUUGCGCUGUGUGCGUGUGUGCUCUGCGUUAGUGAUGGGAUGGGCAUGCUCUGUGUGUGGCUUUCUAGCUUAGCUUGUGUGCGUGCGUGUUCUCCGCCGAUUGAUGCUUGUAUGAACUCAGCGUGUUUGUGUGCGUGCUGCUUGCUGCUUGCUGGCUGCCGAUGGAUGCUUGUUGCGUGUGCAUGCAUGUGUGUGGUGUUUGCUGGAUCAAGCAACAACGACACAUGUUGUUUUCUAAUUUUGGUGCGUGAAUAUAUCAUGCGAACAGGAGGCAUUAGAGACAGCUUAUUGAGAUGUAAUAACCAAGUAACACUGAAGAGACAAAAAAUACGUAUUAUUAUGCAACAGCUAAUUUCCUUAUCAUGUACUGUUUAUAGACAACCAUUGCUUGGUUAUGCGCUUCUUUUCUAUUGGUUGAUUAUGGACUACAUCACUCACUUCUAAAUUACAAACUGGAUAUCAUGUUCAACAUAAGAUCCCAUGUUCAAAUUUAUAGCUGGUUCAUCCACUUUUUAAUGUUAAUUGGUGAUAAGAGCAGCCUCACAGUUCAAGACACAUCAUAUAAUUAUUCUGUAUGAACUACCCUAGACUAAUCAUAUGUACACUUGCAGGGGCAGCUAGCUUUGCUGAUGCAUAUGCGACAUGAUAAACAAGAUAUGCAUGCAUAUUUUAAUUUUAUUUGGAGAUAAGAUAUAUAUGCGAUACUAAUUGCUAAGUCGAGGAAGCAAGGUGUGUAGGUUCUCCUUGAUACUGUUUUUUUCCCUACAUUGUCGCACACUUGAAAAACAAUCCUUGCGUUUAGCCAAUAGUGUGUAGCUUCUCCUCGAUACUGAUUCUCAUACUUGCAGUGUUGGAUACUUUGCUUAACAUGAAACUGGAACAUGAAACACUGAUGCAGGUUUCAUGAUGGAACUGGAAAGGCCCUUCUGAAGAGAUCGGGACAAAGGAGUUCUGAAGAAGAAGAUUCAUCUACAGAAUAUAUAAUGUGCAUUGAAGAAAACAGAGAUUCAUCUUGGUGAGCACUAACCGUUCAUUUAUAGAUUGUUGGAGAGAUAAGUUGCUCCUAUGACUAAAAUUGUGCCGGCGCUCUGAUUUACUACUGGGUGCCCUUUGUAGAGGUAAAUUUUAUUAUUAUUUUGGUCGUGUACGUGGGGGGGUCUUGAUUGAUUCACUAACUAUUCUAGCUUUGACGUUGUAUGUCAUCAGCUUGGGUUUGUUCCAUCAGACUUUUCACACAUUAUAUGACUUCGUUAGAAUUCAGGUUGCGUUCUGUCUUUUACUUUAAAAAAUAGCCACAUAGAGAGGAACUCAUUGGCUCCCCGGCACCAUCGAGCACUGAGGUUGACCAAACAAGUGUGUGAACAUUUAUGAGAUUUGUAAUUUGAAAACUAUAUAAAGCCAAAUAACUAUGAACACACCCUUGAAAUAAAUGUGAAAGGAGAAUCUGCGGUCUUACUAGAAAAAAUUGAAACAUUAGCUAGGAUUUGUUGGUUAGAUUCAUGUUGCUCCAUCCAUUUACUAUCAGUUCCUUUCAUAUAUUGCUUCCAUCAGAACAUGUUGACCUGAUUGUCCAUGGUUACACUCAUCUUCAAAUGGCAGAACUUGUUUUGCUGCCACAUCUUCUCUUACCAUACGAUGAAUAGGUACUAUGUUCCAUCCCUCUUUUAUUUCACACUGCAUUAACAAUGUUUUUUCAGUGUGUCGAUUUGCCUAACUAUGCCUUAUUGAUUACUGAUUUUGUUACUAAUGUGUACACAAACGCUGCCUAAUUAAUUUAGUCCACUAUAUCUAACCAUAUGAAAAGUGAAAGUUGAUUCUGACUACUUGCCUGGUGGUGCGGUACAUUACCUCUUUUUUCAAAUUAUGAGAGCAGAACGACAGCGUUGGCGUAGACGACUCGGAGAUCAACCCCGUCAAGGGCCGCGAGCAGGAGCGGCUUUCUUUUCCACAAGAAGAUGACCAAGGUCCAAGGGCGCCGUCGGCCACUUUGUCGUUGUCGUCGAAGAGUCCAAGAUUGUCCCCGCAUCGGUUGCAUUGGUGCCGAUCAGGUCCAGGUCUGCGCGGUUGGGGCGUCAAUCACGUGUUCAGCGACAUGUCAGAGCAACUCUCUGGCCAGAACCCUGACUAUGUGCGCUUCAGGUAAUGCAAUCUGCCAGAUAUGUAUAUUCACGUUUGUCAGUUGGGUUACACUAGGACCAGGGCAUGUGCACAAGAAUUUUCCUGCCCAUGUGGUUGCCGGUCUUCUGGAUUGGUUUGGCUGCUAUAAAAAAAGUAGAACCAGUUCCACCAAAAUCGAUACUAGGCUACUAGCAGUACCAUUGUCUUUGUCAAUUUUGUACCUGCCAUAGUAAGAUGACCCCUAUUCUUAAGAAUACAUAAUAGAUGAUAUUGUAGUGGUAUGAGAUUAGCUUUUACUUCUUUCCAUUGAUUGCUACAGAUUUUGGAAGAACACUGUUGUCCACGUUAUAUCAUACACUUCCAAAUUAUAAAGCGUUCUUGUUGUAUGUAAGUUACCUAUUAUCCACAGUGUACAAGUAGUGGUUCAGAACUACAGAGAGAAGUCUAAGAUAUUCAUCGUUAUUUCUCCAGUAAGAUAUCCCCCUUCGUUAAUACUGCCCUAUUCCUUUUCCCUUUUUCAUGAAAGUAGAAGGAGUGAUGAAGAACUGAAACAUAGUUACAGUGGGCGUUUUUAUAGGAACAAACUGAAGAAUUUGACAUUAACAUAAUUGUAGUACUAAUUCAGGUGUCCCAGGUUUUAUUACCACUAGAACAUGUUGACCUAAUUGUCCAUGGUUACACUCAUUUUCAAAUGGCACAACUUGUCUUGUUGCCACAUCUUCAAAAUCGUUAAUAGGCUACUAGCAGUACCAUUGUACUCCCUCUAUUCCGAAUUACUUGUCGCAGGUAUGGAUGUAUCUAGAUGUAUUUUAGUUCUAGAUACAUCCAUUUCUGCGACGAGUAAUUUGGAACGGAGGGAGUAUUUGUCAAUUUUGUACCUGGCAAAGUAAGAUGACCCCUAUUUUGAAGAAUACAUACCUGAGAAUAUUGUAGUGUUAGGAGAUUAGCUUUUACUUUUUUCCAUUGAUUGCUACAGAUUUUGAGAGAACACUAUUGUCCACGUUAUAUCGUAUACUUCCAAAUUAUAAAGAGUUCUUGUUAUAUGUAAGUUCCCUAUUAUCCACACAAUCCAAGCAGUGGUUCAGCACUACAGAGAAAGAAAGCACCAAUAACUUGUUUUUUCAUUUCUUUUUGGUGAUAAAACUGGAUUUUGCUUUUCCAUGAUCAUGUGUUGAUGCCUUUGUCUCUAUCAAAUAUUAGGGGUAAUGAAUUUUCCUGUGCUGGAUCAACAUGCAGAUCCUGCCCACCUUGAAGUCAUAAAUCCAGUGAAGUCAAUUUCAGUAUAUUCAGGACAUAGCCAGUAGCUUAGCAAUUUCCACGAGUAUGUUUUGUUUACAAUAAAGUUGUGUGCAAAAUGUAUAUGCUACAUUAUGCAUGAUUCUCUCUUUUAUCAAAGUAUAUCCAUGUGUUUAUUUUGUCA